GACGCAGCAUAUUUAGGUUCAGAGCCAGUAACAGUGUUUAACAGAACAGGAACUUUAGUAUCUUUCUGAAGUGGAUUUGGUGUGGAAAUCUGUGAGUGUGAACUCAGGAUGAAGAUCCUUCUCCUCAUCUUCAGCAUCUGCCUGAUCUCAGAUGGAGGAGCCUCUAAUGAAGUAACAGGAUAUUUAGGAGGAAGAGUCCUUAUCAAGUGCAAGUAUAAUACAGAAUACACACAAAACCUAAAAUAUUUCUGUAAGGAUUCAUCACCAGGCUGUUCUGAUCUAAUAAAGACAGGAGAUAAAAACAUGUGGGUAACUUCAGGAAGAUUCUCACUGUUUGAUGACACCAAAUCAGCAGAGUUCAGGGAAUUGGGAAAGUUUAUGGGGGAGACACUUCCACACCAGUGAUACUGAAGGAAGCUCUGGCUCUAGAGAAGUGAAUGCAUAUACAGGAGGAAGAAUCAACAUCAAGUGCAGAUAUGAGGAUAAAUAUAAAGAUAAUCCAAAAUCUAUCUGUAAGAUCGGAACACAACCGCUGUGUUUUCCUCUAACAACAACAACUCUCUAUAGUGAAUGGACACAUAAUGGCAGAUUCUCAAUUUAUGACAACAGAAAUGCAGAAUUUGUCAAUGUAUUUAUCAGAGAACUGAUUAUGGAGGACACUGGGACAUACUUGUUAACUGUUGCUGUAUCUGAUGAAAUUAAGACCUCCACUGCAGUAAAUCUCACUGUAACAGAAGAUCUGUCCUACGAGAAGUUAAUCAGUAAGACUGUCCAAGUAGGAGAAGAUUUAAACAUCAACUGUAAAUACCCAGAAUCCCUCAGGAAUUAUCCCAAGUUUCUCUGCAGUAGGCACGCAGCUGUUGCAUGUCCUUAUAAAAUAUCUGUUACAGAAAGUAGAAAAGAUGUAAAUGUGGGGAAAUUCUCCCUGUAUGAUGACAGAACAGAACAAAUCUUCACUGUGAGUAUUAGAAAUGUAGCUAAAACAGACUCUGGUGAAUUCUGGUGUGGAGCUGAAGCAGCCUGGACAUCUGAUCAUGGAUACAAGGUUUAUUUCACACAGAUCAACCUGACAGUUACUGAUUUAAGUGUACCAGUGUCAAAACUGAAGCCAACUAAAACUUCAUCACCACAACCAUUAUCAUCAUCCUCAUCAUCAGCACCACCACCAUCCCUAUCAACAUCUUCCUUCUCAUCAUCAUCACCAUCAUCUAAACCAGCAGCUUUCACUGUGAUCACGGUGUCUGUAAUUCUGCUGCUGCUUCUGAUUGGAAUCAUUUUCCUCACUUUUACUCUUCAAAAGAGACGCAGGAUGCACGCAGAUUCUGUUGCCCAGAAUUCUGUCAAAAACUCAGAAAGUUACAAAGGGGUUCCUCUUGCUGUCUCUGAUUAUGAGGAAAUUAAAGAGACCAAACGACGUUCUACCUCAGAAGCUGAAACUUCCGCAGUUUACUCAACUGCUCAAAUACCCACAAACACUUCUCAACCUGUUUAUGCAGAGAUAGAGUUUCCUACAAUUUCCUGUGAUUCUGCUAUUUAUUCUACUGCUCAACUACCCACAAUCCACUAUGAUCAGUAAAUCUACUUGACAGCUCAGUUACCCACAAGCCUCACUGCUGAGAAAACUGCUGAAGCUUUGACUCAUGCAACAAUGAAUUCUCACUCCAAUGCCACCAGCUCUAAUAAUGCAGUUCCACAGAUUAGGUAAGACUCCUUUUCUGUCUACACUUCAGUCAGUCACGUGACUUCAUCUGUUUAGUUCUGCAUCAUUAGAGCUUCAGCCAUGUGGCAGUGCUUUACUAUUUGAUUCAGUUAACCUUUCUCUUUCUUUUUCCUCUUUUCCUCCUCUGUCUCUCCUCAAAACAAUAUUUUGAGCAUUUACCAUAUGCAAUCAAGACAUUAUUUUGUCUCAUUAUUUUGUCUCAUUCUUUAACAUAAUGACUUGCACCCUGAACUAAUUUGCAUGGUAUAAUAAAUCUAAACUUACAGAGAGAUUUUACAGAAAAUCAGAUUGUUUUAUUCAGUGUUGAUGGCUUCAAGCAGUUGAUUAGUAUCUGAAAAAUGUUUCCUGGUUAGUAUGUGUUUAAUGUGAGACCAAAUCUUCUCUGUAGGGUCAAAUCUAGACUUUGUCCAGGCUGAUACAUGAGUCUUGGUUCAACUAUUAGUCUUGCAUCAACCAAUAGUUUCAUAUCUCCACCAAAUCACACUCAAGUAUUUGAGGACAUUCAGUGGUAAAUGAAACCCACAGAAAACUUUCUGGCUUGCGAGAAAUAAAGUCGAAAUUUGCAAGAAGAAAAGUCUGAAUUGUCAGAAAUAUAUUCGAAAUUAGGUAACAUUUUUAUGUGGCAGCAAAGGGCUUCCAUAAUCAAUCAUUGGUAAUAAAAAAAGUAAAAAAAAAUGAAUAGAAAAGUUACUUCUUUUCUUGCCAGGAUCUUCAAUUAAUUCAGAUGAUGCCACUUCCUGUUGAACAUAUUAGUAACAAUGUGAAGUAGUUGUUUUGGAAACAAAUGUGUUUUUUUUUUUUGUUUUUUUUGUUUUAUAAAAUAAAUGAUAAAAAAAAAAAAUUUCAAGCAUGAGAUAAGAUGUUUAAUGAGAUGUUGUUUUCUAUGUGCUUGAAUUUGUGAGGUUUUACAUUUUUGUAUCUGAAACAUGAACUUUGGUUGUUGUAAAUGACACUUUAAAGAGUUUUUAAAGAUCCAUUUAUAUCUGAUAUUAUUAAAACAUUUUUGACAUUAUAAUUGUGGACUUGCACUGCAAGAGUCUGCCUGUAAACUGAGAUCGAUGUUACUGUGAAAGAAGCUGAACUUGAAACGUCAGCAUGUGUGUGUACAGUAUAUGUAGAGGUGUUGUUCCCAGAACAGAAACAGGAACUGCUAUAUGUAUUGUAUUUAAGAGGUCAGUAGAGCAGUACACACUUGUAUAGAGUAAUAAAUAUCCUCAGAAAAAGUUAAUCCUGGAGUCCUGAAAAUAACUCACAUGCAGAAUGCUGAUAUUAAACACUCCUACACCUUCAAAUAAUUAUUUACACAAUAAAACACAUUGUAAUUAUGCUUAUGUAGUUCACUUACUGAACAGCCCUUUUUCAUGCAGCCAGAAGGGGAAAUGGGUGUAGCAUCACUUUCCGGUUAACACUCAGU